GUAAUCUACGUACAAGGAUGCCAAGCACUAUAUAGGAUAUAUAGCAUGAGUGCAUUAGCCAAUCAUCCAGCUUCGGGGUGUUGCAUACGACCGGUAUAUUAACCAUUGGGGUUGAAAUCGGGGAAAUGAUGGUUGGGGUAAUGAGUUUUAAAUAGUAAAGCGGCGUGUGAUGACAGCAAUAUGGCGAAAUGUAACGCAAGGUGCAAGGCGAAGGUUGAAAGAGGUGAUCGUCGCCGCCGUCGCACUUUUCGUUGAGGUGCUUUUUGGAAAUUCCUCGAGAGACGCUCGCCAGCUGAAGGGAAUGAUCUUCGGCGUGCUCGCCAUGCGCUGAGCAGUCGACCCGGUUUUUUGCGACGAGACGUACGAUCAGCGUGCCCCAAGCUACACGACAUUCGAAGCCGGAGAACCUUGGAGUCGUUCCCCAUUCACGAUGGCGGCAGCAGCUUCACCGCUCGCCUCUGCUUACCUCCUCUUCAUCAGCAUCCUCUUCUAUCUCCCAUCGGGCCUUGCUCAAUCGCCGACCGAACCAUCCUCGGCCGCACCCUCCGCCUUCUCGCAGCCCAUCCUCCACCCAAAUCGCACCGACGACGUCGUCCCCGGCACUAUAUUCACAAUCCGCUGGACACCAGUCCCAGACUUCCAAAACGUAACUCUCCAGCUCUGGGACAAGACACCGUGGGGCAUCAGUCACGACCUGCUCACGCCAUGCUUUCCCUGGGGUCGCAAUCCCUUCUGCGGUACCAUCGCAUUCCAUGCGCCCAACACAGGGUCCUUCGAUUGGCAGAUACCUAAUCCCGCAAGCGGUGAGGCGGGGAGCGGAUUCCCGAGGGGCGAGAAGGUAUUUUGGAUCAAGAUAUAUGUGGAAGAUUACAUGCACCCGGAAAUCGGAAAUCGGGAUCCGGUCGUGAGCUACGGACAGAACUUUGAGUUUGCCCCCGCGGAUGGUCAGCAGGAGCCGGCUGUGGCGCAGAGUGAUAGCUAUAUAGGGGGAAUGCCGACGCCGACCGGGGAUGGGGCUCCUGGCACGGUGGUGACAGUAACAGUUUAUGAGAGCCCGAAUCCGUACGCCAGCCCGACUUCUCCUUUGCCACCGGCGAGCGCGACAAGCGGUAUGGCGACGGCGGCACCACUAACUCCGGGAGCUGCAUCGAGGGUUAAGGGAAGCAUAGCAAGCGCGCUACUGCUUUUGCUGGGUUUUCUUUGAUCGUUAGUGUCUGGGUCGUUCGUUCUGGGUUCGCUUCGGAUGGUUUCUGUUCGCAUUUCGCUCGCUCGCACGCUAGAGAAGACAAGAUAUACCCUGAAAGGGUGUUGUUAUGAUGCAUUUCUGUUGCAUACAUUGGCGUUGAUCUGUGUGCAUUCAGCAUUUCUCAGAGCUCUCAGCAUGGUCGGUGAAAAUGUGUUUAUUAUAAGAACAAUGAAGACGGGCCAUAUGUUGACCAAUCUAAAAUUGUAUUCGCGUUGAAGAAGGUGGAAUGCGGAUUGUUCCCGGUAAAUUGAGAUGAAAAGCGAGAAAAGCAG